AACGCUCUGAGAGUAUGUUUUGGCCCCCCCCAAAGAAAUUCGUUACAGAUACUGUCAGCCUCCCUCAAUCAUAUACAUAUCAUGUAGAACUCGAUAGUCGAUACUGCAUCGCUCUACUACAUAAAACAAAAUCCAAUUCUAUGGCCUCAAUGCACAAGCGAAUCGGAAUUAAGCGCUGAGAAGGAAGGCGUCUUCCGCCAAUCAGCGAUUAGGGAAAAUACCAAGGUUGAGCUUCAGCAAGGACUUCUAAAUAUAGAAUUUACUCAGGGCGUGCGCUGUCGAAUCUUUAGCCCAUAAACCUCGGGCUAGGGGUCUAUUGUCACUCUCCCAGCGCGCGAGCGAUACUGCAAAUUUUUGGAAAAAUAGGUGUUGUUCACCAAUGCCCUGUGUGGUAAUUUCAAACUGGGAGCUCUUUCUGCCGGUUCUACCUGAGAGCUUUGAGUGCGACACCAAGGCAGAACUCCAGGUCUAUAAAGCCAUGUGGCGGCGCAACCAGGACAAGGUGGUACCCGACACCGCAGUAGCAGCCCUGGACCACUGCGACCCCGUUACCUUCCCGACCAUCCACCGUCUCCUGCAGAUCCUUGCGGUACUGCCGGUGUCCGCUGCGGAGGCCGAGCGGACCUUCAGCAAGGUCACCAGGACGUUGACCGAGGUCCGGGCGACAAUGGGGGAGGAACGUUUGGAGGCGCUGGUCAUGUGCCAAACGCACCGCGACCUUCUCCCAGCCUCCGAGAAGGUGGUCGACUUCUUUAUGAAGUCUGGCUCUGGCACUCGCCGAGCGCAGCUGAAGUCAUAGACUACUGUGUCAUCUGGACUGGACAACGACAUUUGGCUCUUGCGAGAGUAGGUCCGAUUUUUCAAAGAGGCACAACUGCAUAAACAUCGUGUUUUUGUCUUUAAUACGCUCGUACAUGUAUGACAUUUAGACGUGGGGAUUUCAGUUAUGAUGAUAGAAAUAGGCCUAUAAGCCAUACAACGAGCAAAGCAAACACGAGCAAACAUAAUUGCAUCUGAGCAUUUCAUUAUUAUUUAUUAUAUCGCAUGACAAGUGUAUAUGGUAAAGGUCAAAAUUUACAUAUGGAGGCAAGAAGACGGGGUUGUCAAGAUUAAAAAAGGUCAAGGCUGAUGAAAGCAAUGUUUUUAAAUAUUACGAUGUGAUUAUUGUGAUUCUUAUAUGUUAUAUAUUAAUAUAUGCUUAAUAAAGACCAAAAGUA